ACAUGUACCUUGGUCUUUUGUUCUUCUUUGUAGCUAUCCUCAUAGAGAGAAAUACAGAGAUUUUUGGGGUUUUAGAGUUGGGUUUUGCUUUUCUCAGUUUAAGAAAUAGAAAGGGAGAGAGUCCAUGGAUUUGCUUAUUUAGACUUGGUAGUUUCCUUGGGAGUAAGUACGCUACAAUUCAAUGAUGGCAUUUACUGCAUAAUUCUAAAACCAGAUUCUUCUUUUUUUUGGUGAAGUUUGAAAUGUAUAUAGAAUUAUAAGCUUUUAGCAGUGAUUUUGGACUUUUUGGUGUGGAUUGUUUGAUGGAAGCAAUGUCUUUGUGCAUUUGGAAAUAUCCUUUCUGCAAAUUGGGCUUUGUGAAUACACGUAGAACCCUGUAUAGGACAAGGUUGAAUGUUGGUCUAGCUUUAAGUCCAUCCCCAGUGCUCUUACACACGGAUGGAAGUGGAAAGUUUCAAGAGUAUAAGAAGGGUUCUGGUUCAAAUACAGUUGGUAUAAUAGGAGGGUUAUCUGUUAAUUCUACUCUUAAUUUUUUGAGAAACCUUAUCAACUGGAGUUCAAGAGAUGGAGAAAGUUGUCCUCCUUUUGUUCUUUGCUCUGAUCCUGCGUUGAAUAAGGAGCUGUUAUCGAUUGAGAGACCUUCUUUUCCUUCUGUUAUCAGUAAAAAUGAAGGUACAGAAUUGGAUCCUACUCUGAUUGUGGAGAAUUUGAGGAGUAAGAGGAUUUAUCUUGAAAAUUCGGGAUCUCGUUGCAUCGUAAUGCCUUGUCAUAUUUCACAUUCUUGGCAUGAUCAAAUUUCAGAGGGAUGUUCUGUUCCUUUCCUUCACAUGGGUGAGUGUGUUGCCAAGGAACUCAAGGAAGCAAAGUUGAAGCCACUUGAAGCUGGGAGUCCUUUGCAGAUUGGAGUGAUUGCAACCUAUGCAACUUUGAAAGCAGGAUUCUAUCAAGAGAAACUGCGGAAUGAGGGUUUUGAGGUUGUUCUGCCAGAUAAAGCAACCAUGGAACACACUGUAAUCCCUGCUAUUGAAGCCUUAAACAGAAAGGACAUAGAAGGGGCACAGAAUCUCUUGAGGAUUGCAGUCCAGGUUCUUCUAGUGAGGGCUGCCAACACUGUAAUUCUUGCCUCCGAUGAUAUGCGGGAUCUUCUUCCCCCGGAUGAUCCUCUUGUUAAGAAAUGCAUUGACCCUAUGGAUGCAUUGGCUAGGUCAACCAUAAAAUGGGCUCAAUCUGCUAAAGAAGCUGUUGUAGCAGGCUCCAAAGUAGCUUUCCACUUGAGCCAUACCUGUCACAUAAAGAAUACCAAUGAUUAAAUUCGAAUCAAUUUUACGUCUAGCUAAGAUCGUACACUUUUGAUUAUGGGUUCCUGCAUCUUUCCAUAUUGUGGAUAAUUACAUUUAUAUCAAUUCCAUGAUAUACAUUUUCCUAUUUGUGUAAGGAAUCUCAGUGAGGUUCACAUGUAUAAAGUCAUUAUUGUUAUAUGUUAUUUCACACAUGAAUACAAUCCUUAUGUAACUUGCAAGGGUGGGCGCGAUCUGGUUUGGUUUCGUUUAGGACUCAAACCGUAAACUGAAUCAUUGUAACAUAACGGUACGGACUAGUUCAGAGCAGGGCUCAAAAUAGUAGCAUAACCAAACCAGUCCAUUUAGUGACUAGUUGAGUCUGUCAUUACCCUUGCAACUAAGCAAAUAUUCUAUCUUCUUUUACUUAUAUCAAAGGGAACUCAAUUGAACUAGAGUUGAGAAAACUUUUUAUCAUAGAAGACAGAGAAAUUUUGAAAGAUGUCUAGAGAAAGAGGCCUAGGGAAGUUUACCAGUUGCAAACUGGGUGCUCAAGGACUUUGUACAACCAAAUGUACAACUGUAGACACCAUCCACUAGAGUUCUAAUGCAGGGCUCCAUACAUGUAGUUGUGCAUUUUGAGUAGACUAGCGGUACUCUGAUGAUUCCUUCAUGCA